CAUCCUUCCUUCUUAUCUCCUCUCUUCUCUUGAGCUUCACAGCAAGCAACCAUGGGUAGUGACAAGCAGAAGCUUGUGGCCUUGGCUGUGGUGGUAGCGUUGCUUGGUUGCGUGGCAACCAUAUGCGAAGCGAGCCAUGGGUUUCCCUACCCGAUGACCCCUAGAGAGAAGAAGACCAUUCCUGCCUUAGGCUUAGGGCUCGCCUUCGACUAUUACAAAGAUACCAAGUGCCGCGGAGUGGAGAAAACCGUGAGGCGCGUCGUGAAAGAGGAGGUGGACCGGUACCCCGGCAUCGGUGCAGGGCUCAUCCGCCUCUUCUUCCACGACUGUUUUGUCGAGGGCUGCGACGCAUCGGUCCUCCUCAAGGCGACCAAGGACAACCCACAACCGGAGAUGCUCGGCAUCCCCAACAUCAAUAGCCUGCGUGGCUUCGAAGUGAUCGACAAGGCCAAAGACGCUCUCGGUGAGGAGUGCAGGGAGGUCGUGUCGUGCGCCGAUAUCCUGGCCUUCGCUGCGCGUGAUGCCACCGUCCUCCUCGGGAAGGUAAAGCACUUCGAAAUGCCCGCUGGCCGCUACGACGGGAAACGGUCCCUUGCCAGCGACACCCUCCCCAACCUGCCCCCUCCCUUCGCCGAUGUCGCCACCCUCAAGGCUAUGUUCCUAGAGAAGGGGCUCAACACCGACGAGAUGGUUGUCCUCUCUGGUGCCCACACCAUCGGGAUCUCCCACUGCUCAUCCUUCGGCAGCCGCAUCAACGCCUCUAACCCCUCGGAUAUGGACCCCAAUUACGCAUCUGAGCUGAGGGCUAAAUGCAACAACCAGCCAACGAACACGGUAAAUCAGGACUUCAAGACCCCGGAUGAUCUAGACAGGCAGUACUACCAGAACGUGCUCGACAAGAAAGUGUUAUUCGAAUCAGACGCCGCACUCUUGUCGUCGUCAGACACAGAGGGCGCAGUGAAAGAAUACGCCGAGCCCUCUGGGAAGUGGGAGGAAAAGUUCCAGGAAGCCAUGGUGAAGAUGGGAAACAUCGGGGUGAAGAGCAAAGGCAAUGAUGCCGAGAUCAGGAAGGUGUGCGGGUCCGUCAACUACUGAUCCAAUGAUCAUGCAUGCAUACAUCAUCUUAUUAAUCCACUCAACAUCAACACCUGUGACCUUACCGAGAUUUUGCUGUGUGUACGCUAUUUUGGAAUUUCCGUUCAUUGUUGUUUAAUUAUUUAAUUUCACUAAACUAUCUUGCUUUAUUAUCGGGUUACAUUUGUAUAAUGAAGUUAUGGUUGUACUUCCAUCUAUUAACGAGAGUUCCGUGCUACUUCUUGUGCUA